UUGAGAAAUAGAUUUUUGGGAUUCGCAAAAAAAGAAUUCAAUGUAGCCAAGGUUGACUAAUCUUGUGAUACUAAAGAUUUGGUCUAUAAAAUCUGCUGAGAACACUGCCAAGCUACCGAAUUCUACUUCCAUCAACCGACGCUGGAUUAAAAUAACUCAUCCAAUGACAAUAUAAAAAAAAAAAAAAUAACAACCAAUCUCGGUGACUGUGACUCAGUGACAGUCUCACUCAGUUGACUGUUUCAAGUGUCUGUCUACCAUUUCACUUGAUUCACAAUUCAAUCUGCAUCAAAUUUUGAUUGUGAUGUGAUAGCAGACCGCGAUUCAGUAAAAUGCGCUGAGUAGUCAUUUAAAUUUAAGUCAUGUACUGACUGAAUGGCAUGGCGCUGAGCAAUGACUGUCACUGCCAGGAAUUUCGCAGAAUAUCAUUAUUGACAUGAUUGUAUUUGAAUUUGAACAAGUAGGUUUAAGCUGAAUAAACUUAGUUUUUGUUUUUAUUUAUUUGUAGGAGCCCAAUGUCUAAUAUUAUAUAAUAUUUCAAAACAACAAAGAUUGUCUAAGACAGCCACAGUGUCUCAGAGUCAGAGGCUAGAAUUACUCUUACUCUUAGUGAUUAAGUUUAAGGAAAUCAUAGCCGUUCUUCGUUCGUUCUUAUAUUUGAGGUGCCCACGAUCAAUUUGUUGAUCAUUCUGGCUCCUGGUUUGAAUUCAGAGUUUGCCUUCUCUUAGAUGGGUUGCCGUCCAAGGCUAACGAGUCCCAUCUACCCGGAGUGCUUGGGAUGUAUUGCUUUGGUGGGGAUUGAACUCCAGACCACCAGCUGUUUGGUUUGAGACCGUUUAGACCGCUCGGCCACCCAGCACGCUUUUGUACUUUGUCCAGGGGAAAAACAACAGAAUUAAAUUAAAAAAUAGUACUUAGCUGAAAACUGAAAAGUAGUCUUCGAGAGGGCAGCAAAAGAAUUGUGACAAAAAAUAACUAGGUGAGAGAUUAAAUAGAGGCAAAAAGGGAAAGACAGAGAAGUUCGGAGAAGUAAGUCCACUGCGAUUGUUCAUGAUGUAGAGAGGUGGGGCAAAGGCUCAACUUGUGAAUGUAAGCAUGACAUUAAUGCCAUGUGGUGUCAAGGUUCCAUAAAUAUGGAUAAUAAGUUGUUUUGCAAAUUCACCCGGCUGUGUGUGUUUGUGCUGGUCACGAUCACACUAAUUGUAAAAUCCGCUGUGCCCUUGUGGUCCCUUCUAUUGAAGUGUUUAGAGAUGGGACACUGUUUAUCUUCGUAAUAUUACGGAGGUGUUCAGGACAUCUAUCACACAGUCUGUGUCCUGUCUCCCCUAUGUACGAAUUCUUACAGGGGGUGCUAACAAUGGCGUAGGCAUAGACAACAUUAUGGCUAGUAAAAAGGAAACUGUCCCUUUUCUGAAAACUAUCCUUAGUGAAGGGUAUGUGUUGAGUGGAGGACAAAAGAUCUAGUGUUGCAACGGCUGUGUCCAUAUGGCCAAAGUGGGAGGGGGCAGCAUUGAUGCGACUUUGCACAAAUAUGUCAGAUUUUUACCAUGUAUGAAAACGUUGCGAGGCGGUGAAGAGAAAAGGUCAAGUGUAUCAGUGUUGGCGAGGAAUAUGGCACUGUUUUUAUGGAAAACACAUUUGGCUAUUAGAUUGUGAGGAUGAUAAGUGAGAAUAAGUUUGGCCCUGUCAACAUUGUUGCUUGGGCGUGACCUGAAGCAUCAGCACUGGUAAUAUUCCUAACCUUUUGAAGGGCUGGUGAAAGUACUGUGUCAGACCUUCAUCAGAUAUAGUUGAUAAUCUCAAGUGCUUUGUCCCAAAAGUCAUCCUCCGACUGGCAAAGUCGACAAAGACGAAGUAAUUGAGAAAAAGGAAUAGAAUCUUAACAGGAUUUACGGUGGCAGGAAGAGUAGAGUAAAUAACUGAGUCUGUCAGUAGGUUUGAAGUAGGCGGACGCAUACGAAAUCACAUCUGUAGCUUGAUGAAAAUGGAAUAGUACAAAUUCAGGAGAUUAUACUUCUUUUUAUUGUGGAUUUAAUUUUAACAAAAUAUUUUAAAGUAAUGUUUAAAUCAUGAGUUUAUUAAAUUUGCAAUUUAGUUAUUUAUGGAAAAAAUUGAUAGUAGAUUUAUUGUUGCACAAAUUUUCAACUUAUUGUCAACUACACUGCCCAAAUUUAAUUGUAGUCGCAACAAACAAUUCUUUCAACCUAACAUUUAGUUUUUUCUUCUUUUUUAAAAAGAAUUGUGAAAAAUGGAUACUCCCCUAAAACUUAAUGUAGAAGAAAGCUUAUCUAGAUCUGGUAAACUGAUCACUGAUGUUUACUACAGGACGCUUUCACGCCAGGUGGUAAACAGUGUAUGGGAUCAAGUGAAAGACAAAAAAGGUAAGUCUUUGUUACAUUUUACUGGGUCUGGCAUGUUCAGAAUGUAUUAAUUAGCAUGAGGAAUUUCUAUUUCUGUCAAACUUUCCUGUUUGCCUUUGCAGCUAUAUCCAUUUGCAAUUGCCAAGCCCUUCUCCCAAAAGUUUUUUAUAGUGCUAUGCAAUUAUUUAGCAAUCUAGUAUUUGUAAUAGUAAUUAUUAGCAAUAGUAAAGUUUUUUUUUGUCUCCUGAAAAUAUUUAUCACAUUCAAUUACCGAUAUUCAUUUAUAACAUGCUUUUAAAAUUUCCAAAAAAAUAUGAUAAAUUUUAUCAUUCUUAUCACAUUUUAUUUGCAUCUCUUCUAUUGUACAUAUAAUAAUAAAAUAAUAAUAAAAUAAUAAUAAUAAAGUUAAUUUAAAAAACACGCUCCAUCCCCAAAGGCUCGAAGCGCGGUACAAAGUCAACAAAAUACAAAUAUUAAUAUGAGUAUUUUUCCUGUAGCCAUGUGUUUUUUUAUGGUAAUAACUCACAAUAAUAUUUCACAGCGCCCUUUUCAAAUGAGCAAAUAUCCUCUGAGCCUUCACCAGUUGAAACUGUUGAGGAUAGUUACUUUCCAGAUUUGGACUUAACUCAAAAUGUGAGUAUUUUUAAUAAGUCAUUGGAAAUAAUUUUAAAACUUUACAAAAUUUGCGUAAAUUAAAUAAAAACAUGUAGUGAAAUUUUAUGCUCCAUUUAGGUCAAAUUCUGAAAUCUCUCAGACAUUACACCCUCACCGCCUGUGUGCUUUGGUCUCACAGCAGUUAAUUAUUUCACUCGUAUAAAAAAAUUGGCUAAUAAACUUAAACAAUAAUCUUAAAAAUAUAAGUCAUAUAAACUUAAUUUUCAGUUUUUGUAUUUUUAAACAAUAAUGUCUUGGGAAAAAGUGAUAAUUUUGAUCGUGUCAUUAUUAAAAAAAUCCUAAAAUGUUUUUUUUAUAGAGUAAAAAGUUUAAGACAAGAUGCAAUGUUGAUGAAACAAUGAAGCACAUAACAGAGCAUAUGGGACAAAUAUCAUUACAUUGCCAGGUUAGUACAGUUAAUAAAUUAAAUUAUGUAGCAUAUUUUAUUGUUGCAAUAGAUACAAAAAAAGUGAAAAUAUGUUUCCUUGUUGAGUUGAUUUUUGGUCUUUCAUUAUAGUUUAAUGAGAUCGGUUUGUUGGGUUUAAAUGCCUGAGUCGUCGAGGCACUAAAAAAUGUCCUUCAACAUUUUUGCACGGCGUACGGAGUUAAAAAAUUCACUUUUCAAUGAUUGUUUUAAAAGUUUUAUGGAGUAAACAAUUUUUUAUCUUUUUGAUUUGUUAAGCAUAGCUAGUUUCAUUGAAAAUUCAUACACUUUUUUCCCCAGUGCUUUUAUAAAUCAUGUUCCAAAAAAGAUCUCACUAAAACUGAAAGAAAGCAUUUUCGUGCAUACCAUAAACUUCCUAAAAGGUCAAUGAAAAAAAGGGUAGGUAAUGAUUAUACACUGCACAAAAUUAAUAGUAGAUUUUAUUUUGCUGCACAUUCCUAUCCAUUAUUACUGAAAUAGGAGAGGAAGAUGGAUUUCCAAAUUUUGUAGGUUUUACUAAGUUAAUUUUUGUUAAUAGUGAGAAAACCAGGGAAUGAGCACAUUAUCUAAAGAUUUUGUUUAAUUAGUGUAGAAGAUUUGUGUAGCAAUAGCGAUUUAAUUAUUUUAUUACUUCCCUUAAAAUCCCAACUUCUUUCUAUAAUUUUGCAGAAAUCUGGUAGACAUCGAAGUGGAAGUGAAUCAGGCUCAUCAUCAGGUUCUUCUGUAAAGAGAAAUGAAAGAAGAGUUUCUCCAGGAAAGCAUAUUAGUUUUGUUGUCCCAUCAUUUUUGAGUGGAGAUGGUAAAAAGUCUAAAAAAAACCAGAGAAAGGGUACUGGUUAUCCUACACUACAGCCAUCACCAACUGAUGAUGAUAAUGACAGUGCAGCAGAACUGCUUUAUAAAUUUGAUGAUCUCGGUAGAGCUAGUCAGGGAGAGAUAGACACUGUUGCUGAGGCUAACUCUCGGGUUUCAUUCAGUGCUACACCUGCAGAGGUCAAAGUGCGAGGAAGUUCAAGACCACCAUCUUUGGAUUACAGCAGCACUUCAGAUGAGACACCUUCCUCACCGAAAUCUGGAAGAAAUAAAUCACAAAAUGCUAGUCAGAAUUUUACCAACCACUCUCAAGGAAAUACCUUUUUCAGUCAGACUAAGCUGGGUAAAGAUCCAUUAGCAUCUUAUUCUACUAAUCAGCAUCACAAUGGCCAUUUUAUGAAUCAAAGGAAAAAAGUAGAGGGACAUAACCGCAAACUGGUCAUGAAAGCACAGCAACAAAAUCAAAUCCUCAAGAAAUUUUUAUUUACAUCAUCUAAUGAAAGUAACGCAAGUUUCAGACAACCUGCAGAACUAAAAUUUGAAAAUGACCAUGCCUUUAUACCCCAAAAAGUUGGCGUUAAUCUUUUUUCGGACACUUAUAUCCAAGGUCGUUCACUUGGCCCUUCAAGUUCAUCUGCUAAGUCAACUCUGCCAGUGCACGCUACUAUUGAGCAAGGAAUAUGUAUAAUCACCAAUCCUGGCCAGUACAUAGUGAGAAAACCAGGGCAG